AUGUCUUUUAUACUAGAAAAUAGACCAAUCAAUGAAGUAAAUAAUAAAGACAGAGAACAUUUUCUUUCUUUAGAAGUGACUAAAGAUUAUAGCUUUAAGUAUAUUCCUGAGAGUCAUUUUAAACGUAUAGUAAAAAAUGUACAGAGAUACAGACGUAAGGAGGAUGAAGAACGUGUAUGGGCCUCAUUUGUGAAAGAACGGGAGUUAGAUAGUUUAAAGUUUGAGAAAAAAAAUAUCGACUAUUCUAUACAAAAUAUGAAAGAUCUGUUACAAGGAAACAUGCAAAAUGUAGAUAGAGAACUCAAGAGGCUUGAAGAAGAUGCUCUCCCUGAACGAAAUAAAGGAAUUCAAAAUCUUAAAUCUAACGUUAAGAAUGAAGUGAUUUAUACAAAAGUAAACAAUAUUAGGAGAAAUCAUUCGAAGAGUAGAAGUACAUGCAAAACUAAUGUUCCAAUUUCUCAAGACAAUAAUAUUUCUAUACGUAGAGAAUCUGAAGGACAAAAAACUGUUUUUAAGUCCAAAGCUAAAAAAUCGUUGUCAGAUUCUUCUAUAACAGAGAAAAAAUGUUAUAUAAAUCAACUUCUUUGCGCGACCAAUAAUUUUGAAAAUAAUUCUGACACAGACUCAAGUAAUAACAAAGAUGAUACCAUUCAUAUACAACCAGAUCCACUUACCAUACAGAAACUAUUAUCAAUGCAAACAAAAAUUGCUGAAUUAUUAGAUGAAAUUUCGUUUAGAUUAUGCAAAAUUCCUUUACCAGAUGGUGAGAAUGAUUUGAAAAGAAGACAACAGCAAACAUUGGAAUUUGCAAUAAGAUUUUCAAGAAAUUAUCUAUAUAAUCUUAGCAGACUCGUCACAAGUAUUCAAAGACAUAUCAGAGCUAUGUCCUCCAGAUUAGGGUUAAAACAAUGUCAUAAAAAUAUUGUAUUUCAUCAAGAUAUGAUAAAACAAAAGCUGGUUGCUGCUCAUCAAUUAUUAAUACAAGCCCUAAGUGCUUAUUAUAAACAUAUUCCUAAUUCUAUUUUUGAAGGUCAUUCUAGAAAACUUCGAGUUGUAUUACAAAUUGUCUAUAAUCUGAUAAAUAUUUGUGAUAAAGUUGAGAUUUCUAGGAAAGAAUCUUCAGGAUAAAUGCGAUGCUAUUUUAUCUAAAUUAAAGUUAAAUUUGGAAAACAACUGUGGAUCCAUAAAUCAUAAGAAUAUACAACCUGUAACGACCACUGCACCAAUAUCUUUACCUAACAAGGGACGUUUUAAUCGAAAAAAUUUAUCUAGUCGAUUAAGCAUGUAUAGCAUGGAUGUUAAAGUGUCUAAGGACUAUACUUAUCGGAAAGAAGAUGGGAACGAUACUAAAGAUAUUGAAAAUUCAUAUGCUCAGGAUUAUUCGGUACCUGAAUUACUAUAUCCCAGCCCCAUAACGCGUACGACAUCAUCGAGGGACGUUUUUCAGAUCGAUUCCGCGAAAAAUAUAAAUAAUAUGAAGGAUGAUGACAUUCGAACCGUGAUGGAUGGAUUAACGAUAGAUUCUGAAAAUGAUAGUAAUAUAGAAAUUCAAAGUAAAUGUAAAUCUGCAACAAAUAGCGAACAACAACCUGUCGCAAAAGGACGUAAAAAGACAUCUACAGAAAUGCGGAAGAUGAAAAAUGUGAAAAGCAAAGGGAUAAAUGUUAAAACAAAAAAUUUUACUAAUGAGAAAGAUGAUUUAAUUAAAAAAGUAAUUGCAAUUCCUAAAGAGCAUUUAGCUACUCUAGCUCCUGUAAUAAACGAUUUAGUAGCUCUUGUAUCAAAAAAGCAAAAUGAAUGUGAGGUGCAACCUGUUUUGGAAACAUCUGUGGAGAUAUUACGAAAAUUUUUACAAAAAUAUCAAUCAUCUAAAGAUUGUGAUACUAAAGCAUCUUUAACAAAAACUAAUUGUAAUUUUAAUGGCUUAUCUGAAAUUAAUAAACACGAUGAAAAUGUACAAUUAAUUUGUAUAUCUUCCAUGGAUAAAGUUCCUAAAAUGACACUGUGUGAUGCUUCGUGUCAAGUAGAUUGUGAGACUGCAUUAAAAACUAUUGAUGACGGAAAAAUUACGGACUCAAACGUCAAAAAUGAAGUGCAACUUACCAUUUCGGAAAAAACUGAGCUACAAUUUUUAACAUAUAGGUGUGAAUAUAAGAAAUUUUGCCAAUUAAGACCAAUGUAUUCCAGCAAUACGCAAAACAAACCAUGGGAUAUUGUGGCAUGAAAUACAAAAUGAGACAGGCAGUUUUGAAAUUAUACAAGGAUUUGUUGCGUUAUGGUGAAAAAUUGAAAUAUACGGACAAAGAAUAUUUCCGACACAGAAUUCGCAAGAAUUUCGAACAAAACAGGCAUUUAAGUGAUCAAACAGAAAUUAACUUUCAGUUCCAGAAAGGACAAAAACUUCUGCGAGAUCAACGAAUAGUGUAAAUCCAUAAUUUGCUGAAAUUAAACAAAUAUAGCUAUAUAAUCAUAGUAAUGCUGAGCUUGUUAAACAGAAGAUGUUUCAACCAAUUCUGCGAUAUUUGUACCUUAUUGUUUGAUAAAAAAAUGUCUUUAUAUUGCAAAACUGAUAGUAAUUGGGGUAAUUUCUCAAGUAGCGAGAAACAAAUUCGACAUAAAUCGUACGACCGUUUCUUGGAUUACUCAAAAGUACCCGAAUUACAAGAAGAUGAUUUGCAAGAGCAAUUUGUGAGAGGAUCUGGACCUGGUGGUCAAGCGACUAACAAGACAAAUAACGCUGUAAUUUUGAAACACAAGCCAACAGGAUUAGUUGCAAAAUGUCACGAAACCAGAAGUUUACAGCAAAAUAGAAAAAUUGCUAGAAAUAUAUUAUUGAAAAAGGUGGACAAUUUGGUCAAUGGUGAGGAUUCUCUAGAAAAUCAAAAGGAACGACUAAUGAGAAUUGACUCCAUUAAGAAAAAACAAAAGAAGAAAAAGCUCGCAGAUUUAAAGAAUGCAUUCAUGGAACGCGAGAACUUAAAGUGAUUAAAAAUAUAGCAAGUUACUUGGGCAACUUUUCACUCUAUAUAUUGUGUGAUACAUCGUCUAAUAAAUUUCUAACAAGUCCAGCAAAUUAACAUAAUACUUGAUACUAUCUUUUUUUAAAUAUUGUACGAUAAUCAAAUAUAGUGUAGAACAAAACAGGUUAGGAACAUGUAAAAUUUCAUUAUUAUUUUUAAUGGAAAAUUCAUAUCUUUAAUAGUCAUCUCUUUUUUGAAAUCGCGAAAGGCUUACAUUAUUUAUCUUUGAAAUAAAAUAUUUAGAUGGACCCUCGUAAGGGAAUCAAUAUAUAUAUAUAUAUAUUUAUA